CGCGCUGAGCUCAGACGCACCGGGGCUGUCACCGAGCGGCCCCGGCGGAGCGGCAGCCGGAGCAUGGCGGCCGGUGGCGGUGGUGGCGGCGGCGGCGGCGGCCCUCGUAGCCCGGCCCCUGCAGGUCUGAUCCCGUCCCCCAUGCACUGUGGUCUGAGCCCCUUGGGCCUCCAGCUGUAACAAAGCCAGACGCCCAGCCCUAACGAUGAGUAACAAGGAAACCACGGAGGUCUCGGAGAAGAACCACCAUGUGAAGGUUUUCUUGCCCAAAAAGCUGGUGGAGUGUCUGCCCAAGUGCCCGGCCCUGCCCAAAGAGCGACUGCGCUGGAACACCAAUGAGGAAAUUGCCUCUUAUCUCAUCACCUUCGAGAAGCACGAGGAAUGGCUGUCAGGUUCCCCCAAAACCAGGCCGCAGAAUGGGUCGCUGAUCCUGUACAACCGGAAGAAGGUGAAGUACCGCAAAGAUGGCUACUGCUGGAAGAAGCGCCGUGAUGGCAAGACCACGCGCGAGGACCACAUGAAGCUCAAGGUCAAGGGCAUGGAGUGCCUGUAUGGCUGCUACGUCCACUCCUCCAUCGUCCCCACAUUCCACCGCCGCUGCUACUGGCUGCUCCAGAACCCGGACAUCGUGCUGGUGCACUACCUGAACGUGCCAGCGCUGGAGGACUGUGCUAAACUGUGCGGGCCCAUCCUCUGCUCCAUCAACAGCGACCGCAAGGAGUGGCUCAAGUGGUCCAAGGAUGAGCUUGUCAGCCAGCUCAAGCCCAUGUUUCACGGGAUCAAGUGGACGUGCAGCAGCGCUAAUGGGACCACGGAGUUCUCCAUCGAGCAGCUGGUGCAGCAGGUCCUGGAGAGCCACCAGGCCAAGCCACCACCUCGCACCCAUGCCUGCCUCUGUAGCGCUGGCCUGGGCAGCCCCGGGCACGUGCCCCACAAGUGCGGCAGCACCAAGCACCGCAUCAUCUCCCCGAAGCUGGACCCGCGCCCAGGGCCCUACCCAGCCCUGACCGAGGUGCAGAACAUCACGGAGCCUGAGCCCCCCCGGCGCGACCCCAAGCCCCCCCGCCUGCCCCCCGCCGAUCCCCCACCUGAGCUGCCCACGCCCCUGCCCCUGCCGCCCGCCGGCUUGCCUGUGCUGGUCAUGGCCAGCCUGGAGAAGCCCCCACCACCUGCACCUGCCCCGGCUCCGGCCCCGCUGGCCUUGACCCCCAGCCAACACCUGGUGGCAGGGGGUGGCGAGGCACGGGGGUUGCUCCCCGGCACCGAUGCAGCAAUGGAGACGGGUGAGCCAGCACCCACCUUUGACCCCGACUGCUUUCUCAACUGCCCAGCACGGGGGCAGACCUACGGCUGCCAGCCUCCACUCGAGCCGCCCGUGGGAGGCAACCGCUUUUUCAUCCAGGAUGACAGGCAGCCGCCAGGAGAGGGGGGGCUCCCACCUGUGCCUCCUGGGCCAGACAAGCCCCCUGGUGGGCUGCAGGAGGAGCUGUACACGCUCAUGCGCCCGGGCACUGCCCCCCCCUUCGGCCUGGCCUUUGACAGCCUCAUCUCUGAGCUGCUGACGGAUGAAGGGGCCCCCCCCGGCGAGCCACCCCCACCCACUGGGCCCUGCACCCCUGAGCCUGGAGACGCCUCCCAGCCCAACACACUGGUCACCAUCACUGACUUCUCUCCGGAGUGGUCAUACCCUGAGGGUGGGGUGAAGGUGCUGAUCACGGGGCCCUGGACCGAGGGCGGCGAUGCCUACAGCUGCCUUUUCGACCAGGUGGCUGUGCCGGCUGCACUCAUCCAGCCCGGGGUCCUGCGCUGCUACUGCCCUGCCCAUGAGGCCGGGCUGGUGGCCCUGCAGGUGGCCCGUGACUCCCGGCCUGUGUCCACGUCGGUCCUGUUUGAGUACCGUGCCCGCAACUUCCUGGCGCUUCCCAGCACCCAGGUGGACUGGCUGUCCCUGGAUGACAACCAGUUCCGCAUGUCCAUCCUUGAGCGCCUGGAGCAGAUGGAGAAGCGCAUGGCGGAGAUGACAGCUGCGCAGCCCCCGGCCCCUUGUGGGCCCCCCACCGAUGCCACCCUGGGCCAGGCGCCGGCGGACUCCUUUGAGGCACGCAUCGUGGCUUUGUGUGAGCAGAUGAUGGCCGGGUCAUGCUGGCUGCGCUCUGAGACCCUGGUCCAUAACAUGAGCUUCCGAGGCAUGACCCUGCUUCACCUGGCAGCUGCGCAGGGCUAUGCCCGCCUCAUCCAGACCCUCAUCCGCUGGCGGAACCUCAGCGCUGAGAGCCUGGACCUGGAGCAGGAAGUGGAUCCGCUCAACGUUGACCACUUCUCCUGCACCCCCCUGAUGUGGGCCUGUGCGCUGGGGCACCUGGAUGCAGCACUGCUGCUUUACCGUUGGAACCAGCGGGCGCUGGCCAUCCCUGACUCACUGGGCCGCCUGCCGCUGGCCGUGGCACGCUCCCGGGGCCACGUGGCCCUGGCCACGCGCCUGGAGGACCUGCAGCGUGCCGAGGCCGAGACCCCUGGCCCCCUCAACGCUGGCGCUGGCAAGGCCUGGCCCCCACUGCGCAUUGCGUCGCCACUCUCCGCCAGCCCUGACACUGGGCUGAGUGGGGGCAGCAGUGCAUCGUCGCCCUCAGAGCGCUCAGAGGCGUCACUGUCACUCACCUCGGCUUACUCCAGUGGCUCUGGCGCCCGUGACUCGCCGCCUGCCAGCCCUGAGGCUGAGGUCGGGGCUGGGGGGGGGCCAAUGGACGUGUGCCCGCCCCCUGGGGGCACCUGGUACCUGCCUGAACCCCCCAGUCCACCUGGCACCCCUGCACCUCCCUUCUUCAUGGACUACGAGGUGGAGAGCGGUGCUGUGGCUGCCCCUGGCCUGCUCGGCUACAGCGAGGAUGCUGAGAACGAGGACUUCCUGCCACCCACCGAUGUCCUCCAGGUGGACAUGGUGACGCUGGCACGGCAGAUCAUCGAGGCGACGCCCGAGCACAUCAAGCAGGAGGAGUUUGGGAUGGUCGAGGGGCCACGGCGGGAUCGGGGGGCCGCGGGCGGCCUGGGUGGCGCCAUGGCUUGGCUGACCUCCUACCUGGACAGCAUGGACCAGCUGCCUGGCCUCAUCCCCCACCGCAGGCGUGAGGCGGGGUCCCCAUCACAGCGGGGCUGCCUGAGCCCCCUGCAACCGGGCGAACCAGGUCCUGAGCGUCGGGCGGCACCACCCACAGCAGCCGGCUGGGCCGAGUUCCUCAAUGCCUCAGCCAAUGGGCGCAUGGAGAGUGCCUUUGCCGGCCUCACCCUGUCUGACCCUGAGCAGCGCGAGCUCUAUGAGGCUGCCCGUGUCAUCCAGACCGCCUUCCGGCGCUACAAGGGCCGGCGCCUCAAGGAGCAGCAGGAGAUGGCAGCUGCCGUGAUCCAGCGCUGCUACCGCAAGUACAAGCAGCUGACAUGGAUCGCACUCAAGUACGCGCUGUACAAGAAGAUGACGCAGGCAGCCAUACUCAUCCAGAGCAAGUUCCGCAGCUACUGGGAGCAGAAGAAGUUCCAGCAGAGCCGGCGUGCAGCUGUGCUCAUUCAGCAGUGCUACCGUAGCUACCGCGCUGACGCGCCCACCCGGUCCCCACGUCCGCCCGUGCCCCACCGUCUCCGGGGCCCGUUCCUGACGAAGAAGCAGGAUCAGGCCGCCCGCAAGAUUAUGCGGUUCCUGCGGCGCUGCCGACACAGGAUGAAGGAGCUCAAACAGAGCCAGGAGCUGGAGGGAGCUCAGAAGCGGGGUCUGGCCACCUAGACCCCCCCGCGCCCCUCCCCGGGCUGCAGGCCUGUGGCAGGAACCCAGGCAGCCGGGGGCCCAGGCAUCUGGGGUCAGGACCCCCACAUUCAAUGAUGGAGUCUUAACAUGGGGGGGGCAGCCGAGAAGGGGGGGGAAACAAAUCCUGCCCAGGGUGAGGUGGGGGGAGAUUCACGCCUUAUCUUUUGUGCCAAGUUACCCCAGUCCUGCCCCCCCAACCCAGCAGGCCUGGAUGCCUACACCUGGGUUCUCUGGGUGGGGGUCCCCCCUGAGGUUGGGAGGGUCCUCCCCACACACCGGUCUUAAAAGAGGCAGUCACCCUCCCCCCUUAAAGGGAUGCUGCCCCCCCCCCACGGGCCUGUUUAAAGGGCCACCCCCAACCUGCACUUUGGGAGGAGGCUAUUGGCCGUGCCCCUCCCUCCCCACCAGGCCUUUGUAUAUAUUGGGGGAGGGCAUGAAGGAGACAGAGAGCCCCCCGCCCCGUGUACAUAGGUGUAAUAUAGGCCCGGGUAUUUAAUGAGCAUCUUCAUGCGCCUGUCAGGCAGCGGCGGGGGGGGGGGAGAUGCAUGCCGCACAGCCCCCUCCGCCGACCCCCCCAUCCGUCUACCCCCCCCCCCCCGCAUGGGUUUGUUUGUACAAAUUUCCAUUAAAAAAACAAGGAGGGAAAAAACUUGUGUCCCGGACACCUGGGUUCUCUGCGUGUUGGGGAGGGCGUGGGGGAGCUGCCGGGUUCAGGGCCCGGCUGGGUAAGAGCCACGUGGCAGCGCCUGGGCGGCGCCAUCUUGCCCACAUACACUUCCGAUCAGCGACUUGCGGCGUCGGGGGCCGGAAGCACGGGACCCCGCCAGAAGUUGCUGUACAGCUGAGCCCCAGAACUCCCCAGCACACCCAAGAUAGAGCCAGUUGGUGCAUGAGCCAACAUCUGCCACCAGCUGGAUGCCCCCCCUUGAAGCUGCCAGCUGAGAUGUGUGUGUCCGAGGGGGGCAAACUCUGCAUCCCUCAGAAUGGGGACCAGUGCCCCAGCAUUGGGCCCCCCCUACAAACAGGGUGCUGCAGGUUGGAACUCCUGCCCCCCAAGCCCUGCUGGUCUCCCUCACUCCCGACCUGUAACCCCUGCUCCCCCAGCGCCCCAACCUCUGUCAUGGGCAGGCCUCUCACACUCCUAUGGCUGGCACGGCUUUCUCUUCCUGGUCCUGGGGGCCAAGGCGGUGCUGGUGGGAGCUGCUGUGGCAGGGAGUCUGCAUGUGUUGAGGAGCUGCUGCGAGAACAGGGCCCGGGAGCAGCUAGGAGCUGAACUGUGUGUGGACAAAGCUGCUGAUCUUUCCCCACCCUGCAGGCACCAGCUGCUUGCUCUGCCCCCUGGGCUGGCUGCAGCAGGGACCCUGGUGCUACUCCGUGUCUGAUGCCUUCAGCAGCUGGGAGGGCAGCAGGGCCAACUGCACCACCCGCCUGCUGGUGCCAGAGGGCUGGGAAAAGCAGGGGGGCUGGGCCGUGCGGCUUGCCUGGCCCCCUAGGGCUUCCUGGUCAGGCACAAACGUCAUGAAGCCUACUACCGGAUCGGACUCCGCAUCCAGGGCCCAGCCGGAAACGAGCUGGGUGGGCGACCCCGGCACCCGGGGCAUCAGGUACAGGCACAGAGAUGGGUUGCGGCGAACUGAAGCCAUGGGAGCAGUGCAUUGUCGGGGGGCAGCAGGCCCCCAGCACCCUCCUCCCCCCAGAGCAGACCUGCUCUUUCUGUCCCCCCAGGCUGAGGAUGACCCCGGGGCCACCGCAGGAGCAGUGCGGGGCCUUCAGGGACAAGCAGAGCAUCUACCCCGACCUCAGCCAGGCAGCAUCGCUGGAUCUGCCAGCGCCGAGCCUUGGCCCUGGCCUGACCUCCUCCCCCCCCGCGAGCCAGCCGCAUCUUGGCUGUAUGAAGCUGUGGGCCCUGGGGAGGCUGUGUUGGCCCUGACGAGUGAGCCGGUUGCCCUGCGGCAGGGACAGCUGUGCCAGGAAAGAGGUGGAAUAAAUGCCCGGAGCCCCUC